AUGGUUCAAAGAGGGCCAGGGUUUGACGUCUUCGGCCACUGCAAUGGCGCGCAGAAUGUCGAGGCACAGCACGGCGGAGGAUCCGGCUACAAGCAUAAGGAAGAGUCUGUCAUGCCGCCGGAGAAGAAAGCCCGAGGAACCCGCGGAGCCUCAGAGGGGUUUGAGCUACCGGAGCUUCCAAUAUUCAGUGACGACUCUAGUGAUAAAGACGGGAUACCUCCUGUGCCAGCAAUCCCUCGUCCACCACAGGCUGUCAUGAGAGCAAAGUCUGAGGCUGUCCUGGCUACGCCGGUGUCAGACUUUUCAGCACCUCGGGCUCCAUUCCUGUCAACCCAGUCGUCGAUGGAGUUUGGUCGCACAAGCACGGACAGCGAAAUGACGAUGGUAGAAACAUCAUGGCGACCACGAACAAGCUCGCUUUCCUACCAUCGAUCCCGUCGCCCUAGCAAUGCCACGACGCGGAGCAACCAAGAGUUCAUGGAACUGAUCAACGCCCCGUUACCUGCCCUGCCUAGGAUCAUCACCAAGCAGCCGGAGACCAAGUCAGAAGAAGCGCAUCCCACCAUUGUCCGUAGCGCAAGUGAGCAAAGUAAGCGUUUACAAGCUCAUCUUCAAGAGCGCGAGCAAGCCCAAGCAGACAUUAGCUCCCCCGACUGUAGUACCAUUGCUGAAGAGCGAUCACCCACCACCUCUCCAAAACCCAAUCGCCACCGUUCUCUAUCCGCUCCUUCGCGAGCCUCCGUCUCUCCCCUUACUCCACAAGGCCUCGCGAUCACGGACGCCGUCUCCCCCGAAGCAGGCAUCCUCACCACAACCCAAGUAACCCAAAGCCACGACCUUGCUCCUCCAACCGCCUCCCUUUCCGCCAAACCCGAAGACGAUGCUACUACCACAAGACGCGACUCCGCCUCCCUCAACCGCGCCGCCUCAGCACCUUCCCGCAGCUCCCAAGACAACAUUUUCCCCCGCUCCUCCACAAGCAGUGCGACUCUUCUCAACCGCUCCGCCUCAACAGGAACACCAGACAUCACUGCGCGUCUGCAAUCAGCCACCAUCGUCACAGAUGCUUUCACAAAACCCUCCGUCACAACCACAGUCAUCGCAUUAAAUGAAAAACCAUCCAUGACCACCGUCUCCCAGCGCCUGACCCAAUGGCUCUCCCGCUCUAAAUCCCUCAGCAGAGAGAGCCUGCGUUCCACGACCGCCACACCAGAUAUCAUGCUCCGCUCCGAGCCUAAAGCUUCCCAGCCUACCGUUCACGAGAUCCAUGUCGCCCCUACCAACCCCACCCCCACAGCCGCCCCCGAAGCCGCCCCCGAAGCCGCCCCCGAAGCCGCAAGACCAAACAUAGAAGACACCAAAGCCCACAGCGAGCCCGAACUCGCCUUCUUCACACCCUCCAUCCUCACGUUUGCCGAGAGGGCUGAUGUAAGGAAGAGCACGCUUUCCGCGGACGAUAAGUCGGAGAGGUCUUGGUUUGAUAAUCGCAACUCGCACUUCUUGGAUGUGGACGCGGAUGAGAUAGCAAGUGAGAAAUGGGUUGUCGGCUCUGGGGGAGGGAUUGUGAGGCAGAGGAGUGGGACGGAGAGUACGUAUGUGGAGAAGGGGGUUCUUGGGGUAGGUGGUAAUUUGCUAAAAGCGUUCGGUGAGGAGGCCGGGGGCUUUAGGUAUGGGAGUGGACCGGAUGUUAAUGAGGUUAGUGCUGUGGGGCUUGCGAUGUGA